AAAAAACGCCAUCAACAAGUCGUGAUGUUGCCAGAUGGUUACACCACUCGUCGUCUGCUUCGUACUCCCGCUGUACUUAGAGCUAAUUUUUGCAAGCCUGGUCAUGGGUCAAGGACCUCGCAGCAUGGCAUUUCCUCGUCCACUUGGGCCGCCGACUGGAGCAAGGUGUUCUCAAUACUGCUGGCACGAUUUUUCCAUCGAUUCGAAACUGCUGAUGAACGACUGCCAAUCGAUAACAAUAAGUUAUACAUGUCAAGUAGUAUGGGGCGAAGAUUCGGAAGUCGAGUCUACCUGUCCCCUGUUGGAGGUGCCGGGGAUGCGCCGUAUCUAGAUUUUAAUGUGCGUUCUAUCAGUACAUACUAUUUCGUACUGAUUCGUCUAAAAUGCAUUGUUACUAGUCACUUUGAAUCCUUGCAAUUGUUAGAGUGUCCACAGUGCACACCGCUCUCAUUGUGCUGCGGU